AUGAAGGUAUUAUAAAUAGUAAUAAAUAAAAUAGCAUCAUAACGAAUAAUUACCAAAAGAUGUUUGGGGAUUAAACAAUUUUGCAGAUGAAACAAAUGAAGAAUUAGUGGAUAAAUUAUUUAUGAAGAGAGAUUUAGAGAAUCAUUAUGAAUUAUUUAAUGAAGAUGAUAUAAAUGCAAUAGGAUCUGAUGCUUUGAAUCAUAAUUCAUUUUUGUAAGCUGAUAAAAAAGUUGUUGUUGUUAAGAAGGCAGUAAAACAAACAGAGAAAGUAGUUGAAUAAGUUAAAAAUCCUCCUAGUUUAGAUUGGUUAAAAUAAGUAAAGAUUAUUAUAAUAUUAUUAAGAUUACUGAAGUUCAACAAUAAGGUAGAUGUGGUAGUUGUUGGGCAUUUGCAGUAUCUGAUGUUACAAUAAGUCGAUUAUCGAAAGCAAAUAAAAAUAAGUUAGAUUAAUUAUCUAAGACUCAUUUGAUUGAUUGUGCAGAUGGAAAUACUGCAGGAUGUGAUGGAGGAUCUGUUGGAGAUGCUUUUGAAUUUAUAAAUAAUUAUGGAACUGUUUAUGAAAAAGAUUAUAGAGAAUAUGAUUAAAAAGAAGAUGAAUGUUCAAAACCUAAAGGAAGUAUAGGAUAUAAACAAUUUUAAUCAAUUGAAGGAUUGAGUAAAUUUACUAAUGAUGACAUUGAAACUGCUCUGUAAGAUGGACCUGUUGCUGCUCUAUGUAUGCUGAUGAAAGUUGGUUAAGAUAUAAAUCUGGUAUUAUUAAUACUUGUAAUUAUCCUAAAGUGUCUAAUUAUUAACAUGUUGUUGUUAUUGUUGCUUAUGAUACUUAAACGUGGUUUGUUAAAAAUUCAUGGGGUAUGUAAGGCUUUUUUUAAGUGUAAAAAAAUGGCGAUAAUAAUUGCAUUGAUAAAAUUAAGAAAAUUACCUUCCCAGAGAUUUGA